CUUCUGCUGUUUCUGGUGUCUUCUUCCCUCCUACCCACUUCUGUUAUGGUGUGGGAGACAAUGGGGGUUACUAUUCCCAGCUAUCCUCCAUGCCCUUGAAAUCAGAUGGGUCUCUUUGCAUCAUGGAAGCACUUAGCAGAUCAGAACAAGUAGGAAUGGUUCCAUCCCCAUCUCCAAAAUUAGAAGAUUUCUUAGGGAGUGGUCCAAACAUGGGGACCCAUCAUGAUCACUAUGGAAACAACAACCACAACCACAACAACAACAACAACAACAACAGCAGCAGCAGCAAUGAUAGGGGAUCAACAAUGGCUUUAAGCUUGGAUAGCAUGUACUACCACCAAAACCCAGUUCAUGAUACCACCCAAACCCACCCUCUACACCUCCAACAACACCCAUUUUUCCAACCACUGCAAGAAGGUGUGUGCUCUGUUCUGGGAGGCCAUGACAUGUAUCAUGCAUCACUGGUGGAGGACCCAAUGGUUGGCGAUAGCAACUGGGUUCCAAGGAGCUACAAUGGUGGGAGUAGUGGCAUAAAUGAUGAAGGGAGCAUGACAACUGGUGCUCUUGGUGCAGUGGCCUAUGGGGAGUUGCACCCCUUGAGCUUAUCCAUGAGCUCUGGUUCACAAUCUAGCUGUGUAACAGCUCCUCUGCAUGUAACUCCACCUACACCAACUGAUUACAUGAACUUAGAUGCAAGUAAGAGGAGAGGGGGUGGGAAAGGGGGACAAAAACAACCAGUGCAUAGGAAAUCUAUUGAUACAUUUGGACAGAGAACUUCUCAGUAUAGAGGUGUUACAAGGCAUAGGUGGACUGGGAGAUAUGAAGCCCAUUUAUGGGACAAUAGCUGCAAGAAGGAAGGUCAAACAAGAAAGGGAAGGCAAGUUUAUCUGGGGGGUUAUGACAUGGAAGAGAAAGCCGCGAGAGCUUACGACUUGGCCGCGCUUAAAUACUGGGGACCGUCGACGCACAUUAACUUCCCGUUGGAGGAUUAUCAGGAGGAAUUGGAGGAGAUGAAGAACAUGACCAGGCAAGAAUAUGUAGCUCACUUGAGAAGAAAAAGUAGUGGUUUUUCGCGAGGCGCUUCGAUUUACAGAGGAGUAACAAGGCAUCACCAACAUGGUAGGUGGCAAGCGCGGAUCGGAAGGGUAUCCGGGAACAAGGAUCUUUAUCUCGGAACAUUUAGCACACAGGAGGAAGCAGCUGAAGCGUACGACAUAGCGGCGAUCAAAUUCCGCGGGACUAACGCGGUAACCAACUUUGACAUAUCGAGGUACGACGUCGAGAAGAUAAUGGCGAGUAGCACUCUCCUAUCGGGCGAGAGCGCGCGGAGGAACAAAAGCAUUGAGGCUCAGAAGUGCGGCAAAGAUAAUCAUCUUCCCUUACUUGAUGAUAACAGUAGUAGCGGUUCGGAGUGGAAGAUGACUGUGUUUCAGGGAAACAACCAAACCCCUACGCCGCGCUCCGAGGAACAUACUAAUCAGGAAAGUCUAGAAGCUUCCGGAGAGUUCCGGAACGAGACCUUUUCGGUGCUCCAAGGGUUGGUUGGUAUUGAUGCAAUGAGCUCAGCAGCGCAAGUUGGUGACAAUGCGGAGAGCAGGGCUAAUCCGCAUUUGGUGAAUGAGUCACCGCCGAUGGCGAGUAUUGGCUUGGGCAAUUCGCGGGAGGAGAGCCCGGAUCGGGGCGGUCUCGCGAUGUUCUUCGCGAAGCCGACGGCCAAGAUCAUGAGCCCCACUCCAUUGAGCUCAUGGAUGCCUUCAACUCAGAUAAGGCCUAGUAGUGUUGCCAUGGCCCAGAUGCCACUUUUCGCCGCAUGGACUGAUGCUUAGAUGUUCGAAAAAGCGGAGGGGGUGGGUGAAAAAUUAGGACUUGGGGGGUGUUGCUUAGGUGUUUGGAGUUUAGAUUUAGUAAGUAUGGGAUCCAAAUUAAGGUGGAGAUUGCCUCUAUCCUUUUCCACUAUGUCAAAGUAGUUGUUCUUUGUUUUCAGCUGUUCUUUUUUUUUUUCUUUUUUUUUUCCUUUUUUGGGUGCUUUGGGGGGCUACUGACUAGUGUUGGGGCCUUGUGGGGAAGGGAUUUUGUAAUGCGGAGGCCAUGAUUCCACUGCCUUAAUUGGGUGGCUUAUUUCAUCUUUAAAUUAAGCGUUUAGUCUCCUCCUGUUUUUCUC